GUCGACCCCAUUCUGGCAUUUGUAUGACGGUCAGCUUAUUUACCACAUUCUCGCCUCCAGAAUCCAUGAUGAGACCAUAAUUCUGGGGUAAACCGCGAGUCCACUCUUGAGAGCCCCACCGCGACAUUCGUCCGUUUAAGCUUCCCCUAUUUACACCUUUCCCACUCGGGCGAUCUUCUUCAAGCCCCACGGAUAUUGCUGCCGAGUAUACAGAUCGGUGCUAGGAAAAAGGCCUCAAAGCUUAUUUCAAGGGGAGUGAAGGCUAAUUCAAAGGAAAGCAAAAGAAAAGAGGAUCCUAAUGUGUGGAUGCUUCUCACCUGAGGUGAACUUCGCCAUCGUAAAAAACACCUCAACCGUCUGAAAUCACCCAAGAUGGAUGGGGAUCCCAUGGGAAUUGGAUACCCGUGGAACCAGACUGUCGACGACUUAAGUGUCCCUUUUGGCGAUGAGAGACUACUGUUGGGUGAGAUCCACCAUAUGCAUUGUGGACUCGACGGGCAGAACGAUGAGCUGGGCUUUGAGUGGAACGAGCCUUCUCUUCCUGCUGCAAGACCUGCAAAGAAAAUGAGAAGCCACUGUCCCAGUGCGGCCGUGGAAACUGCAGGUCUGAUUAACGAGUCUCUUCCCAUAGGCCUUGAUGAUAUCCUAACACCGUCACGUCAUACCACAAACCCCGCACUGACGGUCUUGGAUGGCCCUACUCCCGCGCCGACUACUGACGCAGCAUUGCUGCCCCAGAUCUUGGAGAUAUUCCCUGACAUUAGCCACCAAUAUGUAGAGGAGCUAAUAGCUCGACACAAGGAUACGAUGUCGGCCGACGGCGGUAAUACACCUUUUAUCGCUUUCGGGUUGUUCCUGGUCAAAGAGACAAUUAUCGAAGAGAUUCUCGAGAAUCCAUCUUAUCCAAAGCAGGAGAAGCUUAAAAGGAAGACCAAAGAAGGAGAUGAGGAUGAUGACCACUGGACAAUACCUAGAGCGCUUCAUGAUGCUCAUGAUUAUCGUAAACAAGCAUGCGACAUACUGGCACAGGAAUUUCUGUGGAUUUCUAUUCCACAGAUCCGACAACUUAUUUCUAGCAAGAAAGGACUGUAUUCAGCUUACCUAACACUUUAUCAGGAGUAUAUUUACCCAGGGAUACAAUCACCACACCUCAGAUUAAAGCGGCCAAGGCCAUCCGUGGAGUUAACGAGGACGUGGGACCAUGACUUGAUAUCGGAACUAAAUGCUGCGAAAAGGAGGGCUGCGAAAGAUACUGCUGCUCACCGAAAGCGAAAGGAAGAAGAGGAGGCGGAUAAAUUCAAUGAAGAGGAACACACACGGUCAGGCAAUCUUGUGGAGUGCCAGUGUUGCUAUUCCGACUUCCCCUCAAAUAGAGUGGUUCCUUGCGAAGGUGCAACUGUCCACUUUUUCUGCUUCAGAUGCAUCCGAAAAACUGCAGAGACACAAAUCGGAAUGAUGAGGUACAAGUUAGAGUGCCUUGACAUGAGUGAUUGCAAGGCCAAAUUCGCCCGUGACUAUCUGAAGAAAGCGUUGGGCUCCUCAUUGAUGGGGAAGCUGGACGACCUUCAGCAACAAGAUGAAGUCGAGCAAGCCGGCUUAGAGGGACUCGAAAGCUGUCCGUUCUGCGAUUUCAAGGGAAUCUGUCCCCCGGUGGAAGAAGACAGAGAGUUUCGCUGCUGCAAUCCCUCUUGUGAAACAGUUAGCUGCCGUUUGUGCAAAGGCAAAAGCCACAUACCAAAGACUUGCGAUGAGACAAGGACAGAUAGGGGACUUCCCGCACGCCACGUAGUUGAAGAGGCAAUGAGCGAGGCUCUGAUACGGAACUGCCCCAAAUGCAACGUUAAAAUCAUUAAAGAUAUGGGAUGUAACAAAAUGACCUGCAGCAAGUGCUUGUGUGUGAUGUGCUAUAUAUGCAAGAAGGACAUUUCACGCGAACAGUACGACCAUUUUGGCAAGCCUCCCACUUACUGCGAUACUCACGAUGAUCGCAAGCCGAAGCGAUUUGAGGCUGAAGUUGAGCAAGCCCAGAGGACAGCCAUUGACAAGGUCUUGAGGGAAAACCCCGACUUGGUGGAGGAAGACCUUCGAAUGGAUAGGAGGGAUACCAAACCUCGUUCAAAGCCAAAGCCCCGACGCACUCAACCAGGACUAUGGCCUACGGGGCGGCAGACACAAGAGCCUUUGCCGAACCAGAUUCAAGAUAUUCUACCGCAACUAGGCUAUCAAAGAAUGCAAGUGCCGAGAGAAGCAUUCCCUAAUCUUCCGCAGUUUGUUCCAUUUGAACCCACAUUCGCUUAUACCGGCCCUCAACGUCCCCUGCCUGCAUUCGAGCCUCAAUGGAAUCCACAUGCUGCUACAGCAAUUACCCAAGGCGCCAAUGGCUUUAUUCCACCUCGGCAGAAAGACUUUCUUCCAGACCCAUUUCCCUUAACGACGAAUAUUGAUGAUACGAAGGCUACAGGCAACUUAAAGCAGCCGCAGUUCCCUGCACUAGGUAACUACGAUACUGGUACUAUGCCUGGCCAAAACGCGAAUACGCCCUUGUGGCUGGAUGGCCCAUUGUACAACUUCUGAGAAACCGGACCUAUGUAGUUGCACACUACGGGCUUCAGAUCUAUCGUUCAAAAAACAAAAACAAUACCACAUUCAGGACUAAUGCUUGCAAUGUAUUGAACGGCCCUGCACCUUUUGGAAUGGGUGUUAUACCUCGAAUUUCAUGCUUGGGAUUUCAUCCGUUACUGUCGACUCAACUGGCUAAACCCUGUAAUCUGAUAUCCGCAGCGUCGACUACACGAGACAGUGCAGUGAGUACUAGAAGAUGACGGAUCUGCGUCUCACAUCUAUUACAUAUCUACGUCCUGGUUAUUUCUGUGUUUGAAUUUGGCAUCGGCAUGGAACAUUUCGGUCGAAAGUUUCGUUCACGUCUAGUCAUAAUCUGAUCUACAUUUUGAUCUACUUUUGGUUUUUGGUUUAACUGGUCAGAAUAGCUACAUACUCU